GACUAACCUUAACUAGCUAGUUCCUAGCGUCGACCUGAGCAACGCUAAGUAGGUUAGCUGGUCUGCGGUGAUUCUGUUGACUUGGUUUCCUCAGCCGUUCAGUUAACGUUAGCAAACUAAUGCUAGUUAUCUGAAACCGUGGGAGGCGAUGGGACUGUGCUGAGAGAAGAGGAGGCCUCGAUGCUGCUAGCGUUAGCUGGAAGCGGCGUUGUCGCCCCUGAUAGCUGGACAAUAGGAACAAAUAGACUUCAUUAUUGCUAGAAGAAGCUAAAUGAAUGACACAUAGCUAACCUGUUAAACGUACCUGACCUCGGGGCAGUUUUUCCUUAUUUACCUCGUUAGGACUGUCGCUGAAGGGCAAUGGAAGGGGAAGAGUUUGUACCUCCUCCGGAGUGUCCAGUAUUUGAGCCGUCAUGGGAAGAGUUUCAGGAUCCGCUGGGCUACAUCGCCAAGAUACGUCCAAUUGCAGAGAAGUCUGGAAUCUGCAAAAUUCGACCUCCCCAAGACUGGCAGCCACCGUUUUCAGUGGAGCUGGAUAGUUUCCACUUCACACCCCGGAUCCAGAGGCUUAAUGAGUUGGAAGCGGAGACCAGAGUGAAACUCAAUUAUUUGGACCGCAUAGCCAGAUUUUGGGAGAUCCAGGGAUCUUCCUUAAAAAUCCCGCAUAUUGAAAGGCGCAUUCUUGAUCUUUUCAGCCUAUCAAAGAUUGUGACAGAUGAGGGAGGUUUUGAGAUGGUCUGUAAGGAGCGCCGCUGGGCCCGUGUGGCUCAGAGGCUUGGUUACCCUCCGGGCAAGAACAUUGGUUCUCUGCUGCGCUCACACUACGAGAGGAUCGUCUAUCCUUUUGAAAUGUUCCAGUCUGGUGCCAGCCUACCGCAUUGCAAGCCAAAGCAUUAUGAUGGUGAAGAUGUGGAUAAAGAGUACAAGCCUCACUCCAUUCCUCUGCGACAGUCUGUGCAGCCAUCCAAAAUGAGCAGUUAUGGACGCAGAGCUAACCGCUGCCAGCCUGAUGGUCCAGAGGAUCUGGCCCCCCAUCCUCUCACCACUGGCUCUCAACUCAUCUCUGCGCCUGAACCUACAGAAGAAGACAUAGAGAAGAACCCAGAGCUGAAGAAGCUACAAAUCUAUGGUGCAGGACCUAAAAUGAUGGGACUGGGGCUGGUGGCUAGGGACAAAGGCAUCAGGAAGAAAGAUGAGCUGCCUCAAACAGUUACCAUCAAGGAAAGUGUGUCUCCUGCUCCUGGUAAUAUCUCAGUCAAAUCAGAGCCACUGGAGCCUCAAGAGAGGCAGAAUGAUGGGAGCACAUCUUCCCCCCAGUUGCCUCCCCAUAGCAUUACAAUUAAAACGACAGUGAAAAAAGAAGAACCAGAGGCAGAGAAUGGGAAAGAGAACCAUGGGGAAGAUGAUACAGAUGGACCUUGUACCAAAAUGACCAUGAGGCUGAGACGCAACCUCAAUAAUCCACAGUGUGUGGAUUCCUUUGUGUGCCGGAUGUGUGGUCGGGGUGACGAUGACGAGAAGCUCCUGCUGUGUGAUGGCUGUGAUGAUAACUACCACACAUACUGUCUACUACCCCCACUCGCGGAUCCUCCCAAAGGCAACUGGCGAUGCCCUAAGUGUGUGGCAGAAGAGUGCAAGAAACCCUCAGAAGCAUUUGGUUUUGAACAAGCUACACGAGAGUACACUCUGCAGAGUUUUGGGGAAAUGGCGGAUGCCUUCAAAGCAGAUUACUUCAACAUGCCUGUCCAUAUGGUUCCUACUGAACUUGUGGAGAGAGAGUUCUGGAGAUUAGUCAGUAGUAUUGAGGAAGACGUGACUGUUGAGUAUGGAGCAGACAUACACUCCAAGGAGUUUGGCAGUGGCUUCCCAAUGAACAAUGGCAAGAAGACGCUCACAAAGGAAGAGGAGGAAUAUGCCCGCUGUGGUUGGAACUUGAAUGUGAUGCCUGUGCUGGAGCAGUCCCUCCUGUGCCAUAUCAAUGGAGACAUCUCUGGGAUGAAGGUGCCAUGGCUUUAUGUGGGCAUGGUGUUCUCAGCCUUCUGCUGGCACAUUGAGGAUCACUGGAGCUACUCCAUCAACUACCUACACUGGGGUGAACCCAAGACUUGGUAUGGAGUUCCCUCUGUGGCAGCUGAGCGUCUUGAAGAGGUUAUGAAGAAGCUGACGCCAGAGCUGUUUGAGUACCAGCCUGACCUCCUGCAUCAGCUGGUCACCAUCAUGAACCCUAAUAUCCUCAUGGCUCAUGGUGUACCGGUUGUGCGCACCAACCAGUGUGCUGGUGAGUUCGUCAUCACCUUCCCCAGGGCCUACCACAGUGGUUUCAAUCAGGGAUAUAACUUUGCUGAAGCUGUCAACUUCUGCACUGCAGACUGGCUGCCUGCCGGUCGUUCCUGUAUUGAGCACUACAGACGCCUGAGGAGAUACUGUGUUUUCUCUCAUGAGGAGCUCACCUGUAAAAUGGCUGCCAGCCCGGAGAAACUAGACCUUAACCUGGCUGCAGCUACCCAUCGGGAAAUGUUUAUUAUUGUUCAGGAAGAGAGGAAACUGCGGAAGGGUUUAAUGGAAAGGGGCAUUACAGAAGCAGAGCGCGAGGCGUUCGAGCUCCUGCCUGAUGAUGAAAGACAGUGUGAUAAAUGUAAGACAACAUGCUUCCUCUCUGCUCUGGCCUGCUCAAACUGUCCCGAGAGUUUGGUGUGUCUUUAUCACACUCAGGAUCUGUGCAACUGCCCCACUGAAAAACUCUACCUCAGGUACAGAUACACCCUGGAUGAGUUGCUAGCCAUGUUACAUCGGUUAAAGGUUCGGUCCGAGUCCUUUGACUCCUGGGCAAACAGAGUAAAAGAAGCACUUGAACAGGAAGAAGGAAACAAAAUAGCAAUUGAUGACCUGGAGAUGCUGAAGAAUGAAGCAGCAGAAAAAAAGUUUCCUGACAAUGAGCUUCUCCGGAAACUCAACACUGUUCUUAAAGACAUAGAACACUGCCAACGGACAAGUACUGAGCUUCUCAGUAACUCAGAGACCAGUGAAACCAAGAUGACGUUUGCAGAGCUGAAGUCAAUGGUUGAGACGAUGCAAAACCUGCCCUGCGUAAUGAACCAGUUAAAGGAAGUGCAGUCGGUUCUACAGAUAGUGGAGGAUUUCCAGAGCCAGGCUCAAGAACUGGUCAAUGACCGGGACUGGAGGAAGGACUCUCCACCACCUGAGAAGCUGCAGACUUUGUUGGAGGAGGGAGCCAAACUGCCUGUUGUGGUACCAGAGUGUAAUUUACUCCAGGGCCUAAAGGAGCAGGGCCAUUGGCUGGCAGAGGUGAGGCGCACCCUCGCCACAGAAGGAGGGGAGAGGCAAGAAGUGACGUUGGAUGUGUUGAGGAACCUAAUGGAGGCAGGCUGCAAUGUGCCCCAAAGUGUGUCUGUGGAGACAGCCAUGGCAGAACUUCAGGAGCUGCUGACAAUAGCAGAACGCUGGGAGGAGAAAGCACAGAUCUGCCUAGAGCAAAGGCAAAAGCAUCCACUCUCCACCCUGGAGGCAAUAGUAAAUGAGGCCCAACUUAUUCCAGUCACACUGCCCAACAUUCUGGCUCUACAAGGCUGUCUUACCCGAGCUCGGGCCUGGGUAACAGACUUGGAAGAAAUUCAGAAUGGGGAGCACUACCCAUGUCUGGAUGACCUAGAGGGCCUAGUUGCUAUUGGAAGGGACUUGCCAGUCUUCAUGGAAGAGCUAAGGCAGCUGGAACUGCAGGUGGCCAGUGCUCACUCCUGGAGGGACAAGGCCAGCAAGACCUUCCUGAAAAAGAGCAGUCAACACAGUUUACUAGAGGUGUUAUGUCCAUGUGCUAAAAGGAGGGAGCAGCGAGAAGAGGCAGAGCCCAUGGAUGAUCCUUUGGAUGAUUCUGAUACAAACACUCUGGGACUCUCUGCUCAGGACUUGAGGGACCCUGCAGCUAUUGUGAUGGCAUUCAAAGAAGGGGAGCACCAGGAGAAGGAGGCACUACUGAGGUUACAGAAAGUGAAUAUGUGUAAAGCUGGACUUAACAAUACAAGUUAUAAGGAUGACAAGGAGAACGGGAGGUGGGAUGCGACCAUGGGGACAGACACUUCUAGCCACUCCGAGAACUCUGUAAAGGAGAACGGUAACAGUAACCACACCUGUACCGCCCCUCCUCAGUCAGUGUGUGUGUGCUCUGGGCAGCCUCGCGCUCCUCAGCUCCGUUGCCAUCUGUGUAAGGACUGGUUCCAUGGUGGCUGUGUUCCUUUCCCCUCCCUACUGCCCUCCUCUGGACCGCCAAUUAACCCCCUUUGCUGGUGGGAUUGGGACUCGCGCUUCUUGUGUCAGCGAUGCCAACGGUCACGGCGCCCACGCCUGGAGACUAUCCUGGCAUUACUUGUGGCCCUGCAGAGGCUGCCAGUGCGUCUACCUGAAGGCGAAGCACUGCAGUGUCUCACAGAGAGGGCCAUCACCUGGCAGGGCCGAGCCAAGGAGGCACUGGAGGCACCAGAGCUGCAGCAGGCACUUCAGAGGCUGCAAGAACUCAAAGACACUCUCCAUCAUGAAGUGGAAAAAGAGGAAGACAUGGAAAAAGACGCAGAAGGAAGUUCAGUCAUUGUUUUAUCAGACUCCGAGGGAGGAGAAGGAGAGGAUGGAGUUAUUGAUCUAACAGAGGAGACUUCAGCUAAAAAGAACAAAAAAGAAAGCAAUGGCACUCAGGCUGGAUGUGAAAAUCGCAUCAACAAGAAGUUCAGUGUUACAGGUGUGGCGUCCCUGCAGCCUCUGCUACCUUUGCUGAAAGGUCAAGUAGUGGAGCUCUCAUCAGCCACCAGAGUCCAUCUAGAGGAGCUGCAGCUGGAAGGAGAUCUGCUGGAGGUGUCCUUGGACCAGACACACACCAUCCACAGAGUCCUACAAGCCGCCUCUGUUCCACCCAGAGAAAUGCUGCACACACUCAUUCAGAUUGAGCUCGACGAGCAGAGGCGAACGAACCGUGGACGAGCCAAGGAAUCCAAGAGGAAGAGAAAGAGCCACAGAGGUGGCAGUGGGGAAGGGGCAGGAGAGCCAUCACUGGAUGCUUCAGAGUCAAAGAAAACAUGCACUCUCAGCCACAGCCCCUCCCCUCACCCACCUGUCCAGACCCACACAGAGAUUUUGUGAUGCAGUCACCUCUGGAGCUCUGUGUAAAUGGAUUAGUCAGUGGACUUCAAGCGACAGAGCUUUCUGUGCCAGAAGACAGUGUCAAGUUCUAGAAAGAUGCAGGACAUCCCCCUCCCCCAUACCUUACCUCCCCCUCAUCCCUUGUUCACACAUUCAGACACUAACAGAGCGAUGACUCUUGCUACACUCCACUGUCUCAUCCAUAACUCAGCCGUAUCUCACACGUCAUCUUUUUUUUUUUUUCAAACUCGCCGUCUUACCUAAACCUUAUUCCUCCACCCUCCCUGGAUCCAUUUUUCCUGUGAACAUAAGACUGUGUUAGACCGAUGUGAGACAUACCGUUAAUAGGAUCGUCUUUGGUCUAGAGUUGUCUCUGAGGUCAGUCGGUAUGCUAUGUUAUUCCAACUGUAUUAAUGCUAGUUCAGCCGAAGCCUGUCUGGGGACCGGCACUUGCAGUUUCACUUCACUUGAGUUCACUUGUUGAAGUUGGAUAAGCUAAGAGUUUAUUUAGACAGUUGUAUGGGCAUGAUUCCUGAAGUCGAGGAGGAUUUUUGACUGCUGAUCUGAGACAACAGCACCAUGGUUACACUUGUAUUUUUUUUUUAGUUGUAUUGACUCUUGUGUUUGAUGCUGUUUCGAGGGGACAUGCAUUUUGAAUAAAGUGAGUAAAUUUUGGGAAGUGUUAAAAACAGGCAUUAAUGUUUUUGGUGCUACUUUCCCAAAAUUGAUAUCUGUACCUCUUGGCUUUGUCUUUUCCUCCUCUCCUCCUUAAUGCCUUUUUUCCUAUUCUUUUUUUCCUCUUUUUUUUCAGCUCCCAUCCUUUUGACUCCAUGUUUUAUUCCUUUCAAUCUGACCUCUUUUUCUUCCUCUCUCAUUCUCUCUCUCUUUGCAAAUUAAGGUAACUUCACUGUAACUCACUUUGUCUCAAUUUAUUUUGUUUUCUGGGUUCAAAGGAUUAUAUUAUUAUUAUUGAUAUUACAGACACACAGUUGUCGUGAGUUUGUGUAUAAACUUUUCAUUUUACUGUUGCCUUUGUUUCUUUUCACUCUUGUUAGAAAAUUAAAGGUUUAGAAUUGUUUAGGA